CAGAGCGUGCCUGCGGGCCGUGCUGGCGGACUCGCGGUUCUUCUUGGUGUGCAUGUGCUUCCUGACCUUCAUCCAGUCCCUCAUGGUCUCCGGCUACCUGAGCAGCGUCAUCACCACCAUCGAGCGGAGAUACAGCCUCAAGAGCUCGGAGUCGGGGCUGCUGGUCAGCUGCUUCGACAUCGGGAGCCUGGUGGUGGUGGUCUUCAUCAGCUACUUCGGGGGGCGCGGACGGAGGCCGCUCUGGCUGGCCGUGGGGGGGUUUUUCAUCGCCCUGGGGGCAGCGCUCUUCUCCUUACCUCAUUUCAUCUCCCCGCCGUACCAGAUCCAGGAAUUGAACUCCUCCAUCAGUAACGAGGGCUUGUGCGUGACCGGCAAUGGCACCGCCAAAGAGCAGUGGGACUCGCCGGCCUGUGUCAAGGACUCCGGUGGAAACGACCACUCUCUCUAUGUAGCUUUAUUCAUUUGUGCCCAAAUCCUCAUUGGCAUGGGCUCGACACCCAUCUAUACCUUGGGACCAACCUACUUAGACGAUAAUGUCAAGAAAGAAAACGCCUCACUUUACCUAGCUAUCAUGUACGUAAUGGGAGCACUUGGUCCUGCAGCUGGAUACUUACUAGGAGGACUUCUUAUUGGUUUCUAUGUUGAUCCUAGGACAACUGUUUAUAUUGACCAGAGUGAUCCCCGAUUCAUUGGAAACUGGUGGAGUGGAUUUCUCCUUUGUGCCAUUGCAAUGCUCCUUGUGAUAUUUCCCAUGUUUACCUUCCCGAAAAAGCUCCCUCCUCGACAUAAAAAAAAGAAAAAGAAAAAGAAGAUGAACUCUGACGAUGUUUCAAGUGAUGAUGAAGUAAAGAAAGAGAAAACAAAUAGCAAAAUACAAGCAGACAGUGCAGUUCCUGCCUCUAUGGGAUUUGGAAAGAAUGUUAAAGAGCUUCCAAGAGCAGCUGUCAGGAUCUUAAGCAACAUGACAUUCCUUUUUGUGAGUUUGUCAUACACAGCUGAGAGUGCCAUUGUCACAGCUUUUAUUACCUUCAUUCCCAAGUUCAUCGAGUCACAGUUUGGCAUCCCAGCUUCCAAUGCCAGCAUCUACACUGGUGUGAUUAUUGUCCCAAGUGCUGGUGUUGGUAUCGUCCUAGGCGGCUACAUUAUAAAAAAACUGAAACUUGGUGCAAGAGAGUCUGCAAAGUUGGCUAUGAUCUGCAGUGGUGUAUCUCUGCUGUGCUUUUCAACUCUUUUCAUUGUUGGAUGUGAAAGCAUUAAUCUAGGGGGAAUAAAUAUACCUUACACGACUGGUCCCACUCUUGCCAUGGCCCACAGGAAUCUGACUGGGAGCUGUAAUGUUAACUGUGGAUGUAAGAUUCAUGAGUACGAGCCUGUCUGUGGAUCAGAUGGAAUAACGUAUUUUAAUCCUUGCCUAGCUGGCUGCAUCAAUGGUGGAAACCAUAGCACAGGGGUAAGAAAUUACACAGAAUGUGCCUGUGUCCAGAGCCGCCAGGUGAUCACUCCGCCGACGGUGGGCCAGCGCAGUCAGCUCCGGCUGGUUAUUGUUAAAACCUACCUGAAUGAGAACGGCUAUGCUGUUUCUGGGAAGUGUGAUCGAACCUGCAACACGCUUAUCCCGUUCCUGAUAUUUCUCUUCAUUGUUACCCUUAUAACAGCGUGCGCCCAACCAUCAGCAAUCAUAGUGACACUCAGGUCUGUGGAAGAUGGGGAGCGGCCAUUUGCACUAGGAAUGCAGUUUGUUUUAUUACGAACUCUUGCUUACAUUCCCACUCCAAUUUAUUUUGGGGCUGUUAUUGACACCACGUGCAUGCUUUGGCAACAAGAUUGUGGCGUACAGGGAUCUUGUUGGGAAUACGAUGUCACCUCGUUUCGUUUUGUCUACUUUGGGUUGGCUGCUGCUCUCAAGUUUGUGGGAUUCUUUUUUAUUUUCCUGGCCUGGUAUUCCAUUAAGUGUAAAGAAGAACAACUGCAGAGACAGAGAUGGAGGGCUUCGCCGGUGAACACUGUGAGUGAGAUGGUUGGCCAAGCUGGACCCCAACAAAACUAUGCACGGACUAGGUCCUGCCCUACUUUCAGCUCCCGAGGAGACAUCAGUGUGGCACAAGGAAUGAACUGCGUAGCGCAGACAUACCCCGGCCCUUUUUCAGAAGCAAUAAAUUCCUCAGAUGAAAAUGCAUUGGAAGAAGUCACUGCUGAGAUAUAGACCCCUGGCUUGGUAAUGUAAUAUUUAGUUUUGUUGGUUGACUUAAUUACGGCGCCUUGUAAAACACCUGUGCCUUCUAUUUUUAAUCUAAACGUAACAUGUGAUAAAACCAACAAAGCUUAAUGCAAACAACCAUAGCAUGUUCUUGAGGGCUGGAUACCUCAAACCAACCCAAGUUCUUAUUUCUCCCCUCCCGACAAUGGAGUUUUAAAAAAUUGUGUUUGUAAUUAUUUCAGAUGUGUCCAUUAAAUGUCCAUGCUCUGGCCUAAUAUCAGUGUAAGGUUGAGGUAUUAUAAACAGCAGAAGUCAGUGAAAGUGUGACAAAAACUCAUAUUGUUGAUGUCUAGACGUCACAAAAAUGCUUAAAUGUAUCAUCAACUUCACAUCUGUAAAUUGUAUUUUUAAGAGAUGAGUAAUUACUGUGAGUUCUGCUACAAAGCACAACUGAACUUGUUUAAACUAUGCAACUUAUUUGAAUAAUUGUGCAGCAAAAUAAGUUUAAAGUUUGUUUUAAAGACAUUACUGCAACUGAAUUUGCAAGGGGCUAUUUUCAGACAUGAGCAUUAAAUCAGAAAAUAACACAAGGUUUAAAGUACUGUUAAUAACAUGUUAAGCCAUACAAAAAUUAUGCAUCGGGUAAUGUUUGCAAAUGUUUAGUUGUAAUUGCUUUAUCCUGUCAAAAGGUACAUUAAUUUUUCAUUUGACGGGAUGUCGUUACUCUUCACAAAGUACACAGGCUAGGAAAGUAUAAUGCUUGGAGUAAAAAACUUCAGUAUUAAUUUAUAAUGACAUUAAGAUGUAGGAAUCAUACACACAUACAAGAGCAGAUAUGUGCAUAUUUCUGAAUGUUAUUUGUGGUGGCCGUUACUAGUGUCAAAUCCAUACUUUUCCUGAAGAAGAAAAUAACCAGUUAUAGCUUGAUAGGAAGAGCUUGUCUGUCAUUCAGAAAUGUGUUCCAGUCUAGUUCAGCUUCAAUGAAGAAAUCUCGAGGCAGAGCUCAUGGUCUCAUUUCAUGUGUGGCCACCUGGGACCCGGUGGGCCCCUCGCAGCGCGCGAUGACCCGGGGUUCGGGCUGGCGCUGCUUGCUGCCUGCUGCAGGACUGAGCAGAGAGACACUUUAAGUGGGCUGCAGGCAGUGGUGCCUGGUAUGAGGCUGUCCCCCCCACUCCUGUCACCACCAGGGUGCUGUGGUCGCUGCCACUGAGGACAGCUGGGGAAGGAGUGCCAGCUCAGAUGCCAGGUCCCUCUCAUUUCUGCCCCACUUUUGCCUCUCCCACUGCCCGCUGCUGGGCAGGCUGGUGGGGCAGGCCUGGAUGUUCUAGUUGUAUGGUUUGUCCCAAACGUGGCUGCCUUGCCUUUCCUUUCCUCAGCUUCACUGAAAGCUUCUGUGAAGGCAAAGGAUGAGUCGUCCCUCCUUUGUCCUUCCAGGGGAAGAGCUAAGAAUAGAAAUUGUCUUCACGUGUGAAGUCACAGGAUGUGAUGUGGCCUUUGCUUAUUCCAAAUUACUGUAGUGUGUUUUCUCCCCAGGAGAUACUGAGACUUUCUAAUCAAAUGUACUUGGCAUUUCAUUUCUUGCUCUGGAGGCUUUGUAGUGCCAUGCUUAUGAUAUACUAAUGAUGUCUCAAAGGACAGAGAAUGAUUUCAGGUGGACACUAGGAAGUCAAAGCUGUAUUUUGCCCUGCAGGGAAAGGCUUUGAAGUUUAGGAAAUAAAAAGCACUCUUUUAAGAGGACUCAGUGAUAGUCAGGUUUGGAUUUUGCCAUGUAGAGAGCUUGUGUGAAAAUAAAUAGGAAAGAGCAGAACUUCUACAUAUGUUUGAACAGACUUAUUCCUGGUUUAAUUUAAAAUUUAUAAUAUGUAAGUUGAUCAAACGUUAUAAGGAGCUAAGUCCUUGAAAUUAAAGGCAUUACUCUCCUUGGCAUCUUUGAGUUGUCCUGGGAGGAGUAGAUUUCCCUCUCCUCCUUUGCUUCUGCCUUUCCUCAUGUCCGUCUCUUUUUGACCAGCACAUGGGACUACCCACAGGGCUGGUUCCCUUGCUUGAGAUGGUGGCUACUUAUUUCAGAAUGUCUCAGUCCCUUUAUGUGGCUUGUAAUGAUUCCCACUCUCUGUCUCCAAACCCAGAUGCUUCUACCCCAAACUACAAUGUAGUGGGAUAUAUUUUUCAGAAAUUCCUCCUAUUCUGUACAUACUAAAUAGCUUUUUGAGGUCAAGCCUGAGAAUUACUUUUUUUCCCCUUGUGCAGCCACCAGGUUUAAUAUAUCGUCAAUCAACACGUACCACCUGAGAUGUUAGCUUCCACAUUUCUCAUCCCGAGGAGUAAUUUUCCUUGGUUCAGAGGUACUGUUUGUUUUGUUUUGUUUUGUUUUGUUUUUUCCAUAGGAGAUCAGAAUAGAUGACAAAAAAGGCUCCUUUUGCUUCAGUCUCAAAUGCUUCUUGCACUAAGAAAUUCCUGCCAUGGCAAAAAUUGAGGCAAAGUAGUAGGACAAAGUGUAAUUGCAGCCCAUUGCCCAUCCAUUUUAAUAAUUCACCCAUUUUAAUCACCGCAGGGUGAGGUGAAGAGUGACAAUCUUUUAAAAUACCUCAGAAACAGAACAUUUAGGGAAUUGUAAAAGGCUGGAGAUGAAUCAUCUAUCCUGAUCUAUUCUAUUUCAUGCCUCCUGUGUGCUUCUGUUCCAUGUGAAUAACAUGGGAGAGCGAAUAAGGCUUGUAGGGUUGUCAGGAGCUGACACUGAUGGCAGAGAGUGAGUGAUAGAAGAGACACAUCUGCAACUGCCACCGCUUCUGAGCUGAUUUCAAGGAUACAGAGCUUGUUGGAAUGGAGACCACCUGCCUUUUAGGAAAUCCUGACACACUUCUAAAAACAUUCAUUUUUUGAAAUGUUUGAGAAACUGGAAUGUGGAGGGAAAGAUGUUCACUUUGGAAAUACUGAAAAAGCCUUGUUUAUACAUUUUCAAUAGCUUUUAAAUUUUUCUUUCAAAAUUAUAUAGAAAAAAAAAUCAUUAGUAUUUUUGAUACAGAUAAUUUUGACAAUAUGAACAUGUUUCUACAAAAUCACUUAAUUAAAUCAGCAUCCUCUGAAAGAAAGAAAACCCAGUUUUUCAUUGAUUCCUGAAGGAGGCUUUAUUGUGAGUAAGUUGUAACAGUCUAAAGUAAGCCAAUAAAGGCAUGCAGGGGAAACACAUUAACUUCCUAGAGAAGUCAAUUCCAACAUUGUCAGCACUGGCUGAGAUAUGGGCUAAGACCUGCUGAACAAACACUAUUUCUUGAGGUUGUCAUUGCUGAAGGAAGCAGAAUCGCCAGAUAAAUUGUUUGCAUCCCUAGCAGUAGCCAUGAUCGAUGUGUGGUGCUAAACCAACUCACAAGAAGAAAAGGAGCUUUAUCUAUCACUCAGUGAAGGUGGCCAUGCUGUCUUCUUGCUGUGGAAUCCUUUGACCAUAGAAUAUAAAAUUCCAUUCAUUUGUAAUUUCUCCUACCUUCCCUCUCUACCCCCAAACACUAAAGGCUGAAUAGCAGUGAGUACAAGAAAAGGUAAAGCAGGGGUCCUGCUCACUCACAGGCUGCUAUUGGUAGCAUCCCCAAGUCAGCCACCUGCAGUUAACCAGCCAGGGAUAAUAUGGAGGAACAACACUCAGCGAUUAACUGUAAGUUCAAAGUGCCAUCAUGCCAUCACAAGGAUAGACUAAUUUCCCCUUACACCACUUAUCCCUGAUUCAGAGUGAGGGACAUGAAAGGAGAAGUAGCCCCAAUAUAUGGACUUGAUAGAACAGGCAAUUGUCCCUGCUUAGCCUCCCAUUUGUCCUUGUUUCCUCAGAAAGGAAAAAACUCCAGAAAGGGUGUAGCAAUGGCCCUGAGUGCUUAUGAGUAUAGCACCCUCAGGAGAUGGUUCACAGACCUCUUAGGGGCUGGGAUAUCUGGAAAGUGGGACUCUCCCUAUUUCCAGUUCUAGGCACCAGCCCUGUGGUUUUGGUCUCCCUUCUUCCUUAUAAGCAUACUGGAUAUAUUAUGGUAUAAUUUGAAACUGGUGGCAUUUUAUAUCCUUUCAGUGUAGUGUGAGCAGCUGCAAGACACUUGUUGAAUAUUAUGGUGCAAUUUUUAUUUAAUUGGAAACUUUCAGUUCCUUGACCAGCCAUUGUGUGUCUUAACAGUGCAUGUUGUAACAUGCAGUUCCUCAGAACUUGCUGUUCUCUAAGUGAAGCAGGGGCACAAAUCUCCUAGGUGUUAGAAAUGUAAGUUUGAAAGGCCCUAAAUUAGUUACAAACACUUGAGUGUAGUUUAAACACUUGAGUGUAGUUUAAAAAACAUAUUUUCUUUUUUUUUUUUUUUAAAUAUAGCUUAUUAAUUCAUAGCAUUAACUAUUAAUUCAUGAUGGCUCUGAUCCAGCAGAACACUUAAAUUUAUAUGCUUAAGUAAUGCACUUAAAAAUAAUGCAUGUAUGUAAGUAUUGGACUGAAUCCCAUCUGCAUUCAAAAAAGAGUUCAUUUACCCAAAGAGCAAUUUCCAUGCUGAGCUUUUUUCCCCAUGUAUUCAGUGAUCAUUGCAACCAGAACAGCACAAAAUAGCACUCAAGUACUCUCCUGUGGCAUUCACGUGUGACUACUUACAUAUCUGGCAAUGGAUGAAAGCUUUCAUUUUCAAAUAGAAUUCAAAAUCCAAAUAUUUUGUGGACAUGCUGAAGGAUACAUUCUAGCUCUUCCUGCCACUCACUUAUUUUAUGAAUCGUGGAAAAUCUGUGCGCUAUGUGGGGAGAUAGAUUAAAUAAGGGCAUCCUUCUGACCUUAAAGCCAGUGAAAUUGCUCAAGUAAUGCUGUAGGUUUAAAUUGUGCCCUUUCACAGAAUUUGGACCUAAAGGUUCAGAUGACACAUUUUCAGUAUCCUGUACAAAUGGAGCAGAGCACUGCCUGCUCUAUGUAACUCCAGACAGCAUGGCUGGGAGAGGGGUCAGCACCUUCUGAACUGUUCUUGCGGUUUUCCCCACAAAUGCCUGAAUUAAUUGCUGCCUUAAUACACUUUCUCUUUGUGUGAUGCCACAGCUCUUCAUGAUGUUGUAUUAAUAUAAAACUGGUGAUAAAUAGGUCCAAAGUGUCUUACUGCUAUUUUGGAGCCAGAUUAUCAGCCUCAUCAGUCCGAUGAUGAGGCUGAAGAACUGUGCCAGUACCUUGGGUUGGAUGUUAACAAGCUGGUGCUUUAGCAAGCAUGUGUGAACUAAAUGGUAUUAAGUGGUUGUUUAGCUUUUAUACUCUGUUCACUGGUUACUACUACUGUUUUUCAGUGAUCAAAGACAAAAUAUUUCCUAAGCAAACAAGUUUAUCUUUUUCUGUUUUCUCAAGAAUAUGUCUUUUGUAAUGUCAUAGGAGCUGCCAUGCUGCAUGCUGCAGUUUCUCUGUUUCCCCAGCUGAAGCCAUCUAACUGUGGUUGCUUUUCAGGGGCUUAAAACACCUGGUAAUGGAGAUUUAUCUGGACUACAAUCUGAAUCGGCAUUUCUUUGGACAGAGUGUUUGCCCCUUGUAGAUUAAAUCUGUAUCAACACAUUUCAGGUUCUUCACAUAGUGGACUUAUUUUUAUAGACAUUUUUAUUCUUUAUAGAGUGCUUUAUAGAUGGACAGUCAACAUCAUGGUGGUAGAUUCAUUCUUUGGUAUAUAUUUAGGGCUUUCUUUUUCUCUUAUAAUGUCUUGUUUAAAAAAACCCCAAAACAACAAGGUUACAUGUAAACAUUGUUGCAGAAAAGAGAUGUGGGGCCUUCAGCAUGGGGACUAGGUAUGGCCAGGGUUCACAUGAUUCAUCUUCUUUACACUGAAUAUCACCAGUACUUGGUACUAUGUGGCCAAAGGUUUGAAAGCCUACCUGAUCCUCAGGAAGGAAAUUUUCCCUAUCCUUUCCACAGAAUAUAUCACCAUAAAUUAAACAGGAAAGCUAACACUAUCCAUAUCCCAUAGCUGUAUCUAUUACAUUAACUACAGUUAAUAACUGUAGUUUUUAGCACACCACACCCCCUCCAAUCCUUCAGAUAAACUAUUUUCUUCUGUCUUAAUACAGCCUUUUAAACACAGAUGUAGCUCUGCAAGUUCAUCGAUCCAAUCUUUUCUUGGUUUCAAGUGUUAUGAAAUAGAUGUUUAUUUAUUCAGGUUCCAUUCUACUCAUCUAAUUAUUACAUUAUCCAUUGUGUACUGUAUUUUUUUUAUUUUUUUCUAUCUCAGACCAGUUGUCACAAUGUUAUUCUGUAACCACAUUUUGUUCAUGAUAUAAAAUAGGUGAAAAGCUGUGGGAUUCAUGAAGGGCUACAAAAAGCAUCCAAAACUUUGUUCACCUUGAGGAAGGGUGAGAUAGCUUGAUAAUCUUUGGACAAAUGACUAAACAACACUGUGGUGCUAAUAGGUACUGAAGUAUUUUAUGAUGUAGUAACAUGCAGUGAUGCAUGUUAACUCUAUGACUUAAAUGACAUAUUCAAGGCAUGUCAAUGAUGCAACUUCAUGUGUUUUUGUUCUUAAAGUCUGGACUGGUCCAGCAAAGACAGUGUUUGUAAUUCCUGGUGGGCCAACUCCUACCUAGCUCUCUGUGGGAAAGUAAUUUCAGGAAGCAGUGUAGGAUUUCACCCAGCGCUAACAGUAAAGGUAAAAGCUCUACAGACCACACAAAUCUCAUGUAGGAUGUAUUCAUUCUCCUCUAGCAAUUGGCUUUGCUUAAACAGAGACUGAAAAUAAAUUCUAUUAUAGUGACAAGAAGCACUGGUCUAAAUUCUGGGAUGCCUUAAUCGAAUGUUUGUAAGCAUUUGCAUGAAAUUGAGGAUUCAGAUCUAAAAUAUUAAUGUUCUUCUAUGGAAAACCAGAAAGAGAGGGGCAGAGUAAGAGCAAAUUCUACCUCUAGCAAUGGAAAAAGGCAGAACCUGGUCAAUUUUAAAGUAAACUAUGAUUUAAAACAGAGGGGUUUGGUUGUAAAGUCUUGAAGACAAAAUUUUUCCCUUCCAUUUUGAAUUCUGAAAGGUAAUUAUUUUGUGUUGUGCCUGGACUGCUCAUGCAGAGGAGGAGGCGGUUGUAUCCUAAAUAGCACUAAGAGGUACACCUACAACUGAUAGGUCAGAAAUUUUACCUCUUUAACAAAUUCUAUGGUCGAAAACAUGGAGGGAAAUUUCAAAACAAAGGAAAUGUACAAAACCAUCCUGAACUGAGUUGCUGUAAAAAAAA